UCUUUUUUUUUUUUGCGCGUGGGGUGAGGAGGUGAUUGAAGGGAGCUUGUGUGGCUCCCUCCGCUGAGAGCGGCUUCGGUCGCCGUCACCUCUCGGAUAUUAUUUAUAACCGACAAGAAAAUUGGAUGGGACGCACACACGAGCAAGACAAUCCCGGAAAUAACAUGCGUACUCUCAGCCUGUCACGUACGCUCAGUGGAUUUGCAUUGCUGUAGGCUGCUGUAGAUAUCCUACACGGCCUCAAAAUGUUUAUAAGAGGGAUACAAACAAAUCCGCAGCGUAUUAAAUGAGAGUGAUAUCGGUGAAAUAAAGGCAAGCAGAAGACGAGUCGGACAUGAAACUUAUAACGACUGUGGCAAAGAUCCUCUCCAUCAGAGAAAGCAGUGGCUCAGCUAGAAAAUGAAGCGAGGACGUGAGCUACGUGCGCAUCCAGCAGAUGACGAGAUGAAAUGGAGAGCUUGGGACACACGGACCUUUUAAACCCAAGCUAUUCCCGCGGAUCCGUCGCAGUUUCAUCCUCGCAGGACAGAGGGACGAGCGGCCAGCAGCAGCUCGUCUGUGGGGCGGCAGAGAUUCAUCGAGCGGACAUGGGCCUCAACGGCUUCUGCGCGGCGCCGGUGGGGAGUCCAACAGCCGCGGAGUUACUCGCGGGUUUGGCCUCUCAGACCGACUCCCCAGCGAUCACUACCCCGACGAAGCAGUCCAAGACCGGCGUACCGCUGUACAACGGCGGGGUGGUGUCUCCAUCUGCCACCGUGGAGGGGAGCCACGUGGGCGUUUUGGCUCACACACCAAGCGGUUACCCAGCACAACUGAAGGGGCUGGUGGGGAUGACGGGCGGCCCCGCGUACGCUCUCACCAGCAGAGCCUGUCUGGUAGAGAACGGGGACCGGACGGCUCAUGAGAAGUGCCCUUUGGGGAUAAGGAGGAUCAACGGUGACCUGAAAAACAGACCGGUGCAACAACAAAAACGGAGAGGUGGGGAGAACCGGGACAUGGGGUUAGGAGCUCUUGAGGGUCUCAUGUCAGGGUCGCCGGGGUUGGGGGGUUCUGUGGACCCGGUUUUUGCUUCAGGAGAGUCGGACUCUAAAAGGAGAAGGCUUGCUGAUGGAAGCGCUACUCACAAAUCUUCAGAGGCCUCCAGAAUGGCCCGAGCAGAUCCUCCUCUCACGGCCACAGUGAGCACUUCUCAAAUGACUGUCAGUCGUGUGCACUAUGUCACUCCUCAAGCCCCCUUCACCCCUCCUGCCCCUCAUACUAACCAGCACAAUGGACAUAAGGUGGCUCCUCCAGGCCCGCCGGCUGCCCCCAGCCAGAACUCCCCUGUUGAGGCUGACGGCAUCCCGACCCCGCCGCCUCCUGCAGGGGCUGGCUGGUCAGCAGAGCGCAUAGCCCAGCAGUACAUUGUCCCUUGCAUGAAAUACUACGGCAUCUGUGUGAAAGACAACUUCCUGGGUCCUCAGCUGGGUGACAGGGUCCUCGCAGAGGUGGAGGUUUUAGACCGGAGUGGAAAAUUUCGGGGCGGGCAGCUGGUGAGCCAGAAGAGCAUACCCUCUCGGAGCAUCCGGGGCGACCAGAUCGCCUGGGUGGAGGGACAGGAACCCGGGUGUGAGAGCAUCGGGAUGCUGAUGGCUCACAUUGAUGAGGCCGUCAUGUACAGCGCUGCCAAUGGACAGCUGGGGGACUGUGUCAUCAAUGGACGCACUAAGGGCAUGGUUGCCUGUUACCCAGGUAACGGGGCAGGGUACGUCCGCCAUGUUGAUAACCCUAACGGUGACGGACGAUGCAUCACGUGUAUCUACUAUCUCAACAAGGACUGGGAUGUCAAGAAGCAAGGAGGGAUGCUGCAGAUCUACCCGGAAGGCAAAAAUGUGGUAGCCAACAUCGAGCCUCUGUUUGACCGGCUGCUCAUCUUCUGGUCUGACCGCAGGAACCCACAUGAAGUCAAGCCAGCCUACGCCACUCGCUAUGCCAUCACUGUCUGGUACUUUGAUGCCAAAGAGAGAGCUGAAGCUAAAGAAAAGUACAAAUUGGCAACAGGACAGAAAGGUGUUCAAGUGCCUGUCACUCAAAACAGCAGGACAUAAAUCUCAUCUAAUCACUGGAGAGCACUCCGAAAGUAUUAUGUGCCUUCCUGAACUCUUAAUGGACGUCGUGAUCAAGGGAGACACGGUGAAACUGUCGGUCAUCUCUGCAGCUCCGUGCCACUUUGACAGCGUCAGGCUGACGUCAUGGGCUGUGAUGAAAUGUUUCCUUGCCAUGUGAUUGGGCUGCUGAUCAAAGACAUGGCAGAUAAAGAGCACAAUGGACUGGAUUGUUGUGUGGCAAAGGCGAGGUGAGAAUUAAGUGUCACGGCAAAAGGAGAACAAAAUGACAUUGAUGCUUCACUGAAUCAUGUAUGAAGAUGAAAAACUGAAAACAAUGACUCCUUAAUUUGAUUUUUUUUUUUGGCUGUUUUGCGCUUUCAUUUAUCAGUGAUGUGUUGGUGUAUUGAGAAAUCAUUGUUUAACUCUGCUCUGGUGUCAUAUUCAAUUCAAACACAAGGAGAAUGAUGGUGAAUCAGUAGAUAGAUGGUGUGAGGAAAAGCUGUGCAAGAAGGAGAAAUCAAUGGCGUCAUCCCUGCAGUUCCUUAUUUCCCCUUGUCUGUGAUGUGGUCCCCUUGUCUCAUGAUGUGGGCAAAUGUGUACAUGUGGUUGGUGUAAAUAAAAAAAGCCAAUAAAAAACAGAGGCACAGAAACGUUACAGCCCUUGACAAGGCAUCAAGUGGUUGUAAGCCAUGGUGCGGUGGGAAGUUGUUUCAUUCAGUCAAUCAAGCACUAAACCCAGACAUCACAGGGAUAUAACUUAAACCUUGCAUGAGAAUAACUCUACAUUGUAGUCUUACUCUAUGUAGCACACUAAGUAGAGUUCAGGAUGAAUUCCAGGACUUUCUUGCGAUACCUUUUAGCAAAAUUUUAGUGCAGCAAAAUCACUUAAUAAUCAAGCAUGAAUCAUUUUUUUUAAGUAUUGCAAUGUGUGAAAUGGAUUUUUAAGACUACAAAGCUUUUCUAAAUGGUGUGCUCUCUUUAUGACUGCAAUACACCGCUCACACUUGAGACAAGAGGCAAGCUGUGCAGCCACGGGGGGGUCAAAACAGGGUGUGAUGAAACUGAGUAUGUUUUCUGUGAUGGCGUGUGUGUUUGUACAUGUAUGCUCAUUGGCCUCUCUUACCUGUUCUUAACAAAGUGGAAACAGUCAUGUGGACACUUUCUGUCCAAACAAACACACACCUGUACAAUUAAGACCAUUUACGGUAUAAAGCACAGAGCUAAGCAUACAUCGUAUGUGAACUGCAGGGUCAAACUACUGUCUGCUCUUGUGUGGGAUUGAGUGUUUGUGUAUAAAUGUGUACUGGCACGUGUGUGAUGAUUUCCACUGUCUCAAAGAGGGUCACAGGUAUUGUCUCAGUGUAUUUUAGACUGGUUAAAGAGAAGGUUAUUUUAAAAAGCACUUUAUUGUUUGGAAAUACCAUGCGUGAAUGAUAAAAUAAUUGAAAAUGUAGAUUAAUGCCUUUAUGCUGUGGAUAAUAUUGUCAUUCAAAUGCAAUAGAAACUAAAAUGAUGAGAACAAAUGGAAAUUGUUUGCCUUAUUUUUUAUUUUAUUUUGGGGUGUUAAUUAAAACCUGUUUUCUUCUGUACACAAAAAAAA